CAGAGACAGACAGAGAGAGAAAGAGCAACAACAAUGGAGCCAUUGAAAUCAAGAGCUCCACAAAUACCAUUAAUGGAGAAGAGAUGGGCUUUCCCAAUGGUUCUCUGUUGGAUCCUCUGUGCCGUCCUCCUCCUCUCCACCUUCAACAAACCCAUCACCUCCAUCACCAUCACUACUCUUUUCUCCUCUCCUCCUCCUCCAUUAAUCCUCUCCAACCUCUCUUCACCACCACCACCUUCUCCAUCUAUCCCUCGCUUUGCUUACCUUAUUUCUGGAUCAAAGGGAGACCUUGAGAAGCUAUGGAGGACCUUGCAUGCAGUCUACCAUCCAAGGAACGUCUACGUGCUGCAUUUGGACUUAAAGGCGCCUGCCAUGGAAAGGAAGGAGUUAGAAAAGAAGGUGGAGAUGAACCAGCUUUUCAAGAUGGUGAUGAACGUGCAUGUGAUUAGGAAAGCUAACAUGGUUACAUAUAAAGGUCCAACCAUGAUGGCUAAUACUCUGCAUGCUUGUGCUGUUUUGCUGAAGAAGAGUAAAGAUUGGGAUUGGUUUAUUAAUCUUAGUGCUUCUGAUUAUCCUCUUGUUACUCAAGAUGAUCUUCUUCACACCUUCUCAUCACUUCCAAGGAACUUGAGCUUUUUAGAGUAUUUUAGUAAUUUGGGAUGGAAAGAGGACCAAAGAGCCAAGCCAUUGAUCAUUGACCCUGGACUAUACAAAACAAAGAAGACUGAUGUGUUUUGGGCCUCACAAAGAAGAGAACUUCCCACUGCUUUCAAACUCUUCACAGGGUCAGCAUGGAUGGUUUUGUCAAGGGAAUUUGUGGAGUACACAAUAUGGGGGUGGGACAAUCUGCCCAGAACACUACUGAUGUACUACACAAACUUUGUAUCAUCUUCAGAAGGCUACUUCCAAACACUCAUUUGCAACACUCCUGAGUUCAUGCACACUGUAGUUAACCAUGACCUGCACUACAUUUCCUGGGACAAGCCUCCUAAACAACAUCCUAGGACGCUUUCGGUCUCCGAUGCCGUCCAUAUGAUCGACGCAAACGUCCCAUUUGCACGAAAGUUUAUUAGUAAUGAUGCGGUAUUGGAUAAGAUCGACGAUGAACUGCUCGGUGGCCGGAGAAAUGAGAGCUUUGUGUAUGGAGGGUGGUGUGAAGGGAGCCCUGUAUGCACAGAGGUUGGAGAUGUUUUACUGCUGAAGCCUGGGUUUGGGGCUCAGAGGUUGGGAAAACUUAUGGAUCAUUUGCUAGUUGGGAAUAGUGGGUUUGUUACUGGCAAUCAAUGUAAGUGAGAGGUUUGAAAGAAGCUAUAGAAAGAGUGAUAGUGUGAUACUGAUAAUUGAAAGUGGGGGAAAAAAGAAAAAAAAAGUAGUUUAGUGUUUUGUGAUUUGUUUGCAUAAUAUGCAAAAAUCUUACAUUAAUCCAAAAAAAGUAGUAAAGUGUUUUGUGAUUUGUUUGCACAAUAUGCAAAAAUCUUACAUU